AGUGGUUUGGUUUGGUCAUGCAGCCUCACAGUCCCUACCAAAUGGCCAACACCUAUCACACUUCUUCCUCAUCGACUCUAAGCCCUAAUCACACUCCUCACCAAUUUCAUCAUCUUCAACACUGCGACUAUCCUCACAGUCACCACAACCAACAUUCUCACCAAUUCUUCCAACAACAACCUCAACAUCUGGGAAUGCUCGAUUCUUCUCUCCACCCCCAAGAACAAUCCACAACCACUGCGUCCUUUUGGAAAGCAUUCAACACGGUACUCUCUGAUGCAAAGGGGAAGCACCAAGAGGUGAAUGAGAACAUCGGGGAUCUUGAAGAUGUGUACAAAAAGGGUCGUAACGAAGACGCAUCACGUGCAGUGAUGAAUGAGUGGGAAAUGUUAGCGACGGAAACAGUUGAGGUGGAGGGCGGAGGCGCGAGGAGGAGUGGGAAAAGGAGGAGAAAGAAGAGAGAAGAAGAAAAAAUGGUUUCGUUUUUCAAGAGGUUGGUGAAGCGUGUGGUUAAGCAGCAGGAGGUUCUGCAGAACAAAUUGGUGGCGACGAUUGAGCGAAUGGAGAAAGAAAGAGCGGAAUGGGAAGAGGGUUGGAGGCGUCGAGAAGCGGAAAUUCACGAUAGAGAAGCGCUUAUGAAAGCACGAGAGCGAGAUCUGGCUUCUAAGAGAGACUCUUCCAUUGUCUCCAGCUUAGAGAAAAUAACCGGUCAAAGGUUCGUUCUUGUUUCUGGGAAAGGUCACGACCAAUUAUCUACCAUACAUGAAAAUUAACAUCUACUGUUUUUGUUUGCUUUCCAAUUUUCAUUUCCUUUUUGUGAUUUCUGCAAGUUAAUAAAUACAAAUUUGAGGUUAAUCUUUUGAAACGGAUGACAAUGGCGUUGUUAUUGGAAGAACAGUGUUUUGAGGUUGUCUUGUA